UCUUCUUCUUUUCAGCUUUCACUAACCCGAGGCUGAGACACAGUUCAUCUCUGAUCUGUAAAAUCCUCUCUGUAACCCACAGAAAGCAACAGUGAACAAAAGAUGGGGGGCUCUGGGAACUUCCUCCAAGUCGUGGCCAAGAACUUCGAUGUUCUUGCUCUGCCUUUAGUCAGUCUUGUUUUUCCUCUGUACGCUUCGAUCAAGGCUAUCGAGACGAAGUCCCGGUCGGACGACCAACAAUGGCUCACUUACUGGGUCCUCUACUCCCUCAUCACCCUCUUCGAGCUCACCUUCGCCAAACUCAUCGAGUGGUUUCCCAUUUGGCCGUACGCUAAGCUGAUCUUCAUGUGCUGGUUGGUGUUGCCGCACUUCAAUGGGGCGGCACAUGUUUAUCGGCGCUUCAUCCGGCCAUUUUACAUGAACCCGCAGUCGACAACCAUGUGGUACAUCCCGCACAAAAAAAACAUAUUCCGCAAGCAAGACGAUGUUCUCACUGCUGCUGAGAGGUACAUCGAAGAGCACGGACCCGAAGCCUUCGAGAGGCUCAUAGCCAAGGCUGAUCGGGAGGCAAGAACGAGAAGGAGCAACAACUACAUGAUAUUCGACGAUGACUACAGAUACUGAAGUAGUUGCAAUAGCAAUAAUGUCCUUUAUGAAAUCCUACCCUGCAGUUGGAUAAUAUGUUAAGACUGUAUGCUUAUAACUCGCGGGGGCCUAACUAUAUGCGUUUCCUAAGCUCUCGCCUGUGUAUGCGCGUGAUGUUCGAGUUUUCAUUUACGAAUUGCUCUUGUCCCUUAGAAGCAGCCAUGAUUCACUUCUUCAUGCUGCUAGAUAUUGUUGGUUGUCUUCCUGGCUGCUGCAUCUCAUUAUCAAGCUUAUAUAUCUAGUUUUUGGCAAGUAACCAAGAAAGUUGGAAUA